AUGUAUAUGACAUGGCGGGUAUGUGAAUUAAAAUCUGAACUAAAGAAGCGAGGUGCGUCUUUACGGGGAAGAAAAGCAGAUCUAGUGGAAAGAUUAGAGUUAUAUGACCAAAAUUUUAAUUUUGGGAACACCGAGAAUCAGGAUGAAGAAGAUCUUACAAUGAACCUUCCAGAGUCCAACACAUAUCGAGAUAUAAAUAGCUGCACUUUCUUACCACCUCUAACAAAAAUGCAUAUUAGAAAUUAUUUUUUCUGUGCUGAUAAGAAACUUGAUAAGGCUAAAUCUUUAUAUGAGUCUCGAUACCUCAUCCUUGCAAGAGCUUCAACUGUUGGUGACUCUACUUUUGUAAAAGGCUAUUGCAAAAAAGACUAUGAGAGCUUUACAGUAUGA